ACCUGCCUACUUCACUAUCACUGGAGAUCUAACAAUUAAAACUAAAUGUAGGUGGCUGUCAAAAUAACCUGAGUAUAAAGAACAAAAAAAAAAUUCCAUUCGCUUAUAUCAAUGUGAAUAUUGUACUUUAUCCUCCCAGCAUGGCAUCUGGUUAGCAUGGAAACCUUUGAUCUUUUUCCAGUUAUUACUCUGGAGAAGUUGAUUAAAUCUGAAAGGACUUUUAGUCUUGUUCUCCACAGUGAAUAUGAGGGGGAAAUUGUGUGUGUGUGCGGCACAAGUCCUCAUUAGCAAACUGAGCAUGUUACUUUUGCCUCAAAGGAAUGUUUUAAACAGCUUUGCACAAUUGUCUCUCAGUGAGUAAAAAAAUAAGCAAAGCCUAAAACAUUAAAUGGCUCCUCCCCUUGUGUCCUACUUUCCUUGUCCUUUUGUGUGCUGGCAGCUCAAUUCCCUUCAGUUUUCUCACUCAAAGGGGACUGUACAUCUGUCCAAAAAUGGCUGUGCGAUUAUUUGAAGGGAAAGAACAUGCAAACUCAUACUGGAAGUAUCGCAUUUCUCCUUCAGAAGAGCUCAUUGGCAAAGUUCUGCAAUUUCACCGGAAUAAUAAAAAUUCAUCCAAUGGCCUGGCAGUAGAUGUUGGCUGCGGUUCAGGACAGGGAACGUUGCUCUUGGCACCACAUUUUACACGUGUGGUUGGGACAGAUAUUAGUCCAGCUCAGCUGGAAAUGGGGAGGAAACAUGUUAACAUUCCAAACGUUUCAUUCAGGGAGAGUCCAGCUGAAGAACUGCCCUUUGAAGAUGGCUCUGUAGAUCUUGUGACGGCCAUGUCUGCGUUCCACUGGUUUGACCAUUCACGUUUUCUUCAGGAGGCUGACAGAGUGCUCAAACCUCAUGGCUGCCUCGCACUUCUCAACUACACACUAGACAUGGAGCUAACUUAUGGAGACUGUUCAGAAGCAUUAAACCUCAUCUGUAAUGAGUUUUAUGCAGCCUUGCAUCCUUUACGGGAUCCUCAUCUGGGUCCCAGCUCCUUUGAACUGUACAAAAGAACAUAUGACUCUCUGCAGUACCCAGUCAAAGAAUGGCAUGAUCUUUUUUGGGUGAAGAAGGCAGUCCCUCUCUCUGGCUACAUUGGUAUGGUGAAGUCUUUCUCCACAUUUCAGACACUCCUAAAAAAAGAUCCAGAAGAGGCCAGACGGCUCUCGCAGGACAUUGAAGAAAGACUGAAGCGUGCGAUGGACGUGACAUCCUCGGAGACAGAAGUUACCAUGGGAGUUAAAUACUUUUAUUUUCUGGCACAAAAGCCUGCAGAUGAUUGAUGCCUCGUUUACUGUAUAUGAUUUUACCUUAGUAUUCAUUGUAAUUCCUAAUGUGAUUGACUGACUAAUUUCCAUAACAUCAAGUUUUGUAACCACCAAAUUAAGGUAAUAAAUUAUCUUCAGUUAGUACUGUGAUUAUUUUGUUAUGCUAGCAUAUUUGGAAAUGUUUGAAUGUGUUACAACUAACUGUUUAUGCCCGCACACGCCACACAUUGAACCCGACAUUCACGUCACAUUCUUUGUAAUUUUAGUUCUAGUUUUUUUUACAAAUAUAAUUUUGAUUAAUGUUGUAUUUCAAA